ACGCUAACAGCACCCAGUUGCUGUUGUCUACACAGCCUGCUGGACCCGUAAGAUGGAGACGGAGAGUUGUUUGCCUUUCUCUUCGCAGACCAGCAGGAGGACGCCAACAAACUCUCCGGGACUCGAGCGCGGCGGCUCCAGCUCCUUUCUCCCCUGCGAUGAGCUCCAGAAAUCGCACCUUUCCUCUCCUCUUCCUCACCGUCUCAGCCUGCGCGGGGAUCUCUACGCGGCCGCAAUGGGCAGGUUUGGUGAUGUUGCGGCGGACUUUACGCACGGCGCUGCUUCAGCGAACCCGCCCGGUUCACCGUCCAAACACAGCAAGUUCUUGGACAGUAUAAACCAAGAUCAAAAAGGGGUGACAAUAAGCGGCAAACCCUCGUUUUACGAAGACAACACGGAUGUCCGGGACAAAGGAGCUCCAAAAACCAUGGGCUAUCCUGGGAUUGGCACGGACUGUUGUGGCAAGCUCAAAGAGCCAGGCAGUGGUUUACAAGGAGACUCUAUCGCUGACUCCAUUGACCUAUCAGGCAAAAACAAGAAGCGACGCAAUCGCACGACCUUCAGCACAUUUCAGCUGGAGGAGCUGGAGAAAGUGUUUCAAAAGACACACUACCCUGACGUGUACGCCCGGGAGCAGCUUGCGCUGCGGACGGAGCUCACUGAGGCUCGGGUCCAGGUUUGGUUCCAAAAUCGUAGAGCCAAAUGGAGGAAACGAGAACGCUAUGGGAAGAUCCAGGAGGUCCGCAACCAUUUUGCUGCUACAUAUGACAUUUCUCUUCUCCCUCGCCAUGAUACAUACCAGAUGCAGAGCAACCUGUGGCCGGGGGCGGCUUCAGGAGGAGGCGGUGGUUCAGGUGCGGGCUGUGUCCUAGGGGCUGACUCUAUCCCCUCAUCCUGCAUGAGUCCGUACUCUCACCCCCACAGUAAUCUGCAGGGCUUCAUGGGCAUGCCCACAUCGCCCAGCCACCCACACCAUCACCACCACCCGCCUCACCAUCCAGGCAUCAACAGUCUCUAUUCUCUCCAUGGCUUCCCAGGAGGCCUCGGGUCACCUUCCAUUGAGGGCCCUGAGACUGAAUACAAGCCGACGGGCCUGGUAGCACUGAGGAUGAAAGCCAAAGAGCCAGGCAGCAUCCUCUCCUGGCCAACAUGACCAUAAUAAUGCCAGCUCCCCGUUAUGCACUGACUGAGCCGAAGCAUAUUACAGUCCUGAUCCAUACACGAUCCCAGAUGUACGUUCGUGGAUAUGACUCGAAUAUUUCCUCUUAACAUUUAUGUAAGCCAACUUGGAGACGUGUCACUAUUCAGAAUAUCUCGGAGCAGGCAUUUUGUGAACAUUAAGAGAAACUUGAGAAUCUUGCACGAAAACCAACAUAUUAAUAUGAAUGUUCUUGUUUCCAGUUCUUUUUUUUUUUUUAUAUCACAGUGCUGAGACCAAAGAGGAAAAGUUAUUUAAGCAUGUAAAAAUGUAUCAUAUUAAUCCCUUUUCAUGUCUGUUGUGUUGUGCUUAAGUAAUAAAGG